AUGGGUGAACUGGAUUCAUGGAUGGAUGAAAAUUACGUGUCUCAAUUGUGGUGGAGUCUUGGAGAACAAGUUACAUGUCGUAUGGGUGUAGACAAAUUUGGAGCCAGCUAUGCUUUUGUUGAUUUCAGUUCACCUGAGGCGGCGAGUAACGUUUUGAUGAGCUACAAUGGCUCACUUAUUCCAAAUACCCAAAAACAAUUCAAGCUGAAUUGGUCUAAUGGUGGUGGAUCAAGGUAUGCUCUACACAAAGUCAUUUGGAAAUUCGAUGACCUAACUCGUGGAUCUAGCAGUAGUGGACAUAUUGACGGACCAGAAUUCAGUAUUUUUUGUGGAGAUCUCGGUAAUGAUGUAGAUGACCAGGCAUUGCUGGCUGCGUUCCAAACCAGAUAUGCUUCGUGCAAAUCCGCAAAAGUGAUGACAGAUAUAGCAACGGGCUACAGCAAAGGAUUUGGCUUUGUCCGCUUUUAUGAUGAAGCAGAUCAAUUGAAAGCUUUGGAAGAAAUGCAGGGCGCAUAUGUAGUCUCGCGACCAUUACGGGUUUCCAUUGCAACUCCUCGUAACCGUCCGACAGUUUUGGGUGCAGCAUCAACACAAACUGAAAGCUACCACCAAGAUACGAUAAGCACUACGGUAUUUGUUGGCGGACUAAAUACCCCGAUUAGUGAAGAAGAGCUACAUGCAUGUUUUAUGCCGUUUGGGGAGAUUUCGUAUGUCAAAAUUCCUCCAAACAAAGGAUGUGGGUUUGUUCAGUUUUCUCAACGGGAGUCAGCAGAAGCAGCCAUAAAUGAUCUCAAUGGAUCUGUACUUGCGGGAUCUAAGUUGCGACUUUCUUUUGGUCGUUCCCAACUUGACAGGCAGUUUGGAUUUAGGCCGCCUACUGCACCUUAUUCGGGCUAUCCUACUCAGUUUUCGUUUUUUUCUGGAGGAUACCCACAUACCGUUUCUCAACCUGAACUUAUUGAUCCGCGUGAAUCUUUCAGUAUAGAACAUCAAAACAGACUGUAUCUUAAGCAGCAGGAGGAAACGUACGAGAGAUGGGAUAAAGAAAUUAAUACAAUCUAG